AUGGCGGAAUCCAUGCACGCAAAUCAGGACAGGGAGCAUGGUACAUCUCUCCCAAGGCGCAGAUCGUUGGCAUCCGAUCUCUCCGCGGAAAUCUUGCAGCUCAUCUUCGAUCGAACCAUCACGCCGUCGUGCUUCAUCGGUCCGGGUUAUUCUGUCUGCGAGUAUCCAUGGCUCGCUGCGAUGGCUACGAAGAGAAACCUGCCGCUUGUCUGUCGCUCGUGGUACCACGCUUCUAUCGAGCUGCUUUACCGCGACAUCGGUAUCCGCAGCGUCGGCCAGGUAUGCGCACUGGCAAAGACGAUAGAAGGGACGCCGUCGCUGGCUCCUUUGGUCAGGUCAAUCACGUUCGCAUGCUUCGUAGGCGAGCUUCACGAAUUCGCAUAUACCUGGGACGCUGGAACAAUCAUGAAGUCAUGCCAAAAUCUGCACCGUGCGGCCUUCGUCGCGCGUAGUAACUAUCACCUGGGUCUACUCCUUCCCGUGCUGCAUCGGGACUAUGCGUACCCCUCAAGGAUCACGCAUCUCGACCUCGAUGUCCAACCCAGCUGCGAAGCCUUUCUAAGCGGAUGCCUCCCGGACACGUGUCGUGACAGCCCGCCGCCCUUUGCGACUCUGAACGGAGAGAAUCUAUUCACAAUCGAAGACUUCUCCCUUCGGCUCGUAGAGCUCAACCUGCCCCUUCUGACUGACAUUACCCAAUAUGACGAUCUGAGCUUUCCUGUUCUCACUACACUCAGUUUCGCCGCCAAUACAGUGGAUACCAGGCAUAAUGUCGAACAGCUCGCUCGACUAUGGCCAACGCCAGCGCUGGAGUACCUAACUGUUACCUGCCCCACAGCCGGUCUAUCACAUUUUGACCUAUUGGCAUCGUUGGCCGAAGGGACAUGGUUACAGCCAUUGUUGUUGGCCGAUGGUCAACAUCUUCGCUACCUGCAUAUCCGCACGGACUAUGAUUGCUGCGUGUGCGACUUCACGCUCGACAUUGAGCCCAUGCUCAAUGCAUGUCCGCUCCUCGAACAUGUCGUUCUCCCGCCCCAUGCGACGGUGCCGCAUAGUCAUCCCUCUCUGCGUUGGAUCGACGUAUGGGAACCACCGCUACUGGGCCGGCUGUCUCUUGAUUCGAUGGACUGUAUCUGGGGGCUCCGCUCUAGGUUGCAAACCUCAGCUAGACCAAGCGAAGCUAGCACGAUCCAGGAAAACCUGCCCAGAUUCCGGGGCAUGCGCACCCUUGAUUGCGCGCUCCUAGGUCUGCGCGACCUGCCUCAAAUCCUGGACCCUGUCGCUUGGAGGAGCACGAAUGCCGCCUUCGUAUAUCCAGGCGUCAAUAUUGUGCACUCUCCAACGCGCGUGUGGCGCGGGGACUGGGAUCCACGACGCAUGAGCGAGGAGGCAGCCGAAGCCACGUCGACGGAGAGGUCACCGCCUCUGGCUCAUGUCGAAGAGGGUCAUACGCAUGACGGUAUCGAUACGGCCGGCAUUGGGCGCCUGGUCAAGUGA